UCAGGAAGGUUGUUUCGCGUUACAUCAGUUGUGAGGAGCGAAGCAAGAGUAAGUGCGUAUUGUUAAUUUGUAGAAGGACAGAGGACCGUUAGUUCAAUAAACAAUGCUGGUGGCGAGACUAGCAUGUCUGCGCACCGUGCCGGCGGCCGGCCUGCGCACGGUGCUGGCCCAGGGCCCUUCAUCCGCGAGGAGCCCCUUACUGAAAACGGCUCAGCCUCUGCUGAAGCCUCACCAGGGAUAUGCUACCAGAGCUCGGUUUGGUUUCCGACGUGUCAAGACUGCUAAAGACCAGCUAAAAGAAGCAGCUUUUGAGCCCGCAACUGAAACCUUCAUAAAAAUCGAUAACAUGGGCCGGAUGUUCGUAGCCGGAGGAGCAGCUGUGGGCCUUGGGGCCCUGUGCUAUUACGGGCUUGGGAUGUCCAAUGAGAUAGGCGCCAUUGAAAAGGCUGUUAUCUGGCCACAGUAUGUGAAAGACAGAAUCCAUUCCACCUACAUGUACUUCGCUGGCAGUGUUGGCUUCACUGCCCUGUCUGCAGUGGCAGUGAGCAGGACUCCAGCUCUAAUGAGCCUGAUGAUGAGGGGCUCCUGGCUGGCCAUUGGUGCAACAUUUGCAGCCAUGAUCGGGGCAGGGAUGCUUGUCAGAUCAAUCUCAUAUGAGCACAGCCCCGUUCCCAAACACCUCGCCUGGAUGUUUCAUGCAGGUGUGAUGGGGGCAGUCGUGGCCCCUCUGACCCUGCUGGGCGGUCCUCUGGUGAUGCGAGCAGCCUGGUACACAGCAGGGAUUGUGGGAGGUUUGUCUACAGUGGCCAUGUGCGCCCCCAGCGAGAAGUUCCUCAACAUGGGCGGACCCCUGGCCGUGGGUCUGGGUGUGGUCUUCGCCUCCUCCCUGGGGUCCAUGUUCCUGCCUCCCACCUCCCCCUUUGGAGCAGGGCUGUACUCAAUCGCAGUAUACGGGGGCCUCGUCCUCUUCAGCAUGUUCCUGCUGUAUGACACACAGAAAGUUAUCAAGCGGGCCGAGACCUACCCACUGUACGGAGUUCAGAAAUACGACCCCAUCAACUCAUGCUUGGGAAUUUACAUGGAUACUCUGAACAUCUUCAUGAGGAUGGUGAUGAUUCUGGCCAAUGGUGGAGGAGGAAGAAGGAAAUAAGAAUCUGUCAGGUUCUUCAGUUGGACUGAGCACUGCUUUCUGGGAAACUGCAAGGAGUUGAAACAAGGCUGGUAUCUGCACUGAAGAUAGUUCUUACAGCUGCAACUCAGAUAUGUCAUUUACAUUCAGUUUUAAGAUGUAAUUUUCACUAUGCCAUAGAAGCCUGAAUCCAAGUACGUAUUGCCCUCUUUUUCAAACCAAAUAAAUCUGACUUUUAAAAAAGAUACUCCUUUAUUGCUUUAUGUUAGAUAGAACUGGAUAUCUCUCAAGGAAAGGGGGCAGAAACAUAAUUCCCUGGGCUACCAAAAUCAUCAUACAAUUCUCUGUUCACUUGUACUUCAGGUCUGCUUAAUUUUUUAUACAUAAAUGUAUUUAUUAUGUGAGUAUUCCUGUAUCUGUUAAUCGCUCAAAGCUGGGCGCACAUCAGAGCUGUAGGAGUAAGCUGUUCAGUCCCAAUGCAGCUUCUGGCUUCCACACAUACAUGCACUGUAUUCGUGUUUUUCCUUCCCACAAAAAUGGAAACCGCAUGUGUAAUGUGAAAAGGGACUUUCCGGGGUGGCUCAUUUGGUGGUGUGUGAUUUAUUGAAAAGAUUAAAGAUGUUAAGAAAACAACAAUAGCGCAAGGUUUGAAUAAAGUUGUAACCCUCUGACAUGUA